AUGGAGCUCAAGGAAGUGUUUGAUAGUUAUAGCCAAAAGAAGAAUGUUUUAGAGAGUAGAAUGUAUAUUAAAAUGUUUAGAGACGCUAAAAUGCUAAAUUCUAAACUAACCACGACAUCACUUGACCUGGUAUUUAUAAAGUAUAAACCAAAGUCAUUAAACGGGUUGGAUUAUACGCAAUUUUGUCAGUCCCUUGAAGAUAUUGCAUUUAUAUUAGAUAUUACGAAGAAUGAGAUUAUUAACAAAUUAAAGGAGUUAAAUGGGCCCGUAUUUACUGGAACAACGGCGAUUCCAACCAGAUUUCACGAUUAUAAGGCAUCAUACACUGGUGUUCAUAUUCAUGGUGGGCCAUCGGUCGUGGAUUCCAAUGGGCUCAAUAGAUUAUAA